AUGAGAAGUAAUUCUCGUAAGCCCCAUGUUCUGUUCUUCCCUUUCAUGGCUCAUGGCCACAUGAUACCAACUCUAGACAUGGCUAAGCUUUUCUCAAACAGAGGAGCCAAAUCAACAAUCAUCACCACACCUCUCAACUCCAAGAUCCUCCAAAAACCAAUCGACACAUUCAGGAACCUGAAUCCGAAUCUUGAAAUCGAGAUCAAGAUCUUCGAUUUCCCUUGCGUGCAGCUCGGGUUACCAGAAGGAUGCGAAAACCCUGAUUUCUUCUCCAUGAACAACAGUGAAGAUAGACAGUACAUGAGCUUAAAGUUCUUUUCGUCGACAAGGUUUUUCAAAGACCAGCUUGAGAACCUCCUCGAGACAACGAGACCAGACUGUCUUAUUGCCGACAUGUUCUUCCCGUGGGCUACUGAAUCUGCUGAGAAGUUUAAUGUGCCAAGACUUGUGUUCCACGGCAAGGGCUACUUCGCUCUGUCCUCUGAGUAUUGCAUCAGAUUGCAUAAACCACAGAAGAGAGUAGCUUCCAGUUGUGAGCCAUUUGUGAUCCCUGAUCUCCCUGGGAACAUAGUGAUAACUCAAGACCAGAUCUUAGACCGGGACGAAAAAACUGAGAUGGGAAAGUUUAUGACUGAGAUUAAGGAAUCGGAAGUGAAGAGCUCAGGUGUUAUUGUGAACAGCUUCUAUGAGCUUGAGCCUGAUUACGCCGAUUUCUACAAGAGUAAUGUAGCGAAGAGAACGUGGCAUAUUGGUCCGCUCUCUGUUAUAAACAGAGGAUUCGAGGAGAAGGCUGGGAGAGGAAAGAAAGCAAGCAUCGAUGAGAAUGAAUGCCUCAAAUGGCUUGACUCCAUGAAACCUAAUUCAGUCAUCUACAUUUCAUUUGGGAGCUUAGCUUGCAUCAAGAACGAGCAGCUUAUGGAGAUCGCUCUAGGGUUAGAAGCUUCAGGAGCAAGUUUCAUCUGGGUUGUUAGAAAAAAUGCAGGUGAUGAAGAAGAAUGGUUACCAGAAGGGAUGGAGGAGAGAACGAGUGGGAAAGGGAUGAUAAUUAGAGGAUGGGCUCCACAAGUGCUGAUACUUGACCACCAAGCAACCGGUGGGUUCUUGACACAUUGUGGCUGGAACUCGCUUCUCGAAGGAGUGGCUGCAGGGCUACCGAUGGUGACGUGGCCGGUUGGAGCGGAGCAAUUCUACAACGAGAAAUUGGUUACACAAGUGCUGAAAACGGGAGUGAGCGUGGGAGCCAAAAGGCAUGUGAAGGUUAUGGAAGAUUUCAUCAGCAGAGAGAAAGUGGAGAAAGCGGUGAGGGAAGUUCUGGUUGGGGAAGAGGCGGAGGAGAGGCGGAGACGGGCAGAGAAGCUGGCGGAGAUGGCUAAAGCCGCCGUGGAAGAAGGAGGGUCUUCGUUUAACGACCUAAACCGCUUCAUAGAAGAGUUUAGCUCAUAA